AUGGUGUGUUUACAACGGGUUGGUGAGCCUUCAUCGACAAUUCCACCUCAUGGAUUAAAUUUGGGUGCACCAUCUGAUGUUACACGGGGUGAGCCCGUUCCAAGAAAAAGGGGAAGGCCUCGAAAAUACGGGCAUGAUGGAAUAGUGUCACUGGGAUUUGUCUCGUUCUUCGGUUACACCUCCGGCCAAGUUAGCGCCAGUUCAGAAGUGGGGUAG